CCCGCCCCGCACGGCGGCUUGUUUUCCUCGCCAUGACGCGGGAACAGGACGAGAAAUACCUAAACAAUGGACUCUCUCCGCGAUCCUACUGAGGUGGAUGACGGCCCUACCCUGACACCUGGAGGGCCAGCUGACGACGAAGACGACGGCGGUGGUGGUGAGGGAGGAGAGGAGGGAGUUGGGGAGAGCUGUGGCAGUGGUGGUGGUGGUGGUGGUGGAGAGGAGGGAGUUGGGGAGAGCGGUGGCAGUGGUGGUGGUGGUGGUGAAGAGGAAGACCAGACCCCAGCCAAUGAGCUGCAGGAAGUGGUGGAGACCAGCACCAAUGUGGAGGAGGGGAGCGAGGUGCCUGUGAUGGAGGGGCAGGUGAAGGAGGAGGAGGAGGGGGGCCAGGUGGAGGAAAGCAGCCAGCCACCAGAGGAACAAGACAUGUCCGAGGUGAAGGAUGAGGAGCUGGUGGAGGAGGACCUGCCUGUGGUGAAGGACGACCAGCAGGUGGUGGUGGACGGGGCCCAGGUGGUGGUGGAUGGGGGCCAAGUGGUGAUGGAGGAGGCCAGGGAGGUGAUGGAGGGCACUCAGGUGGUGAUGGAGGGCACCCAGGUGGUGAUGGAGGGUACCCAGGUGGUGAUGGAGGGUACCCAGGUGGUGAUGGAGGGCAGCCAGCUGGUGAUGGAGGGGUCAGAGGUGGUGAUGGAGGAGGCGCCGGUGGCCAUGGAGGAGGGGGGGGUGCUGGUGGAGGGGCCGGAGGGGUUGAGCUUCGACACAGCCAUGUUGGAGGAGAGCGUCAAGAACGGCGGCGAGGCCAGUGGUGGUGGUGGUGCGUCCCCCUCAGGCGGCCUGGUGAUGGUGAAGCAGGAGGACCUGCAGGACACACGCUACGGCCACAACCAGCAAAUCCUGGGCCUGAUGGGUGGCCCGGGUGUGGAGGGGGAGGAGGAGGCGGCAGGGGGCCAGGACAAGCUGCUGCUGGACAGCCUGGUCAGCGAGGCCAUGCAGUCCCCACCGCGGCCCGGCCUGGACAACAUCGUGGUCACCACCAGCACCAUCGGCGGCCAUGCCCCCACACUGGUGCGGAGCACACCUAUCCAUGCUGCUGCCGGCCCCACCAGGAUUGUGGUGCAGACCAACCAGAGCACCACCCCUAGGCCAGCCAGGCCACUUUCUCAUCCAAGUGGUGGCGCUGCUGUGCCUGUGGCCCCCCCCGCCACCGUCAUUGCCCCAGCCACCACAUCGCCCUCCAAGAACCACAUCGUAAUCCGGGCAGGGCACAACCAAGCCCCGGCCGUCAGCCCCGUGGCAGCCCCGAAGGAGGAGCCUGGCAGCCCUGGGGCGGCAGGCAGUAUCUUCAAGGUGAUCAUCCCUGAAGGCACCACCAAGUACACAAAGGCCGCCACGCCGCCCGCCGCUGACAAGCACGAGCCCGUCAGGAAGCACGUCCAGAUCAACCUGUCCGACGGCAGCAGUGCCAAGCGCCCGCGGCGCUACGUGUCCCACACUGCUCAGACCUCCCCCGCCGCCCAGCCCAAGCCACAGCCGCCGCCCGCCAACCCCAAGAAACUCUACGAGUGCCCAACCUGCAACAGCAAGUUCAUGCGCCCGCUGUACCUCAGGAAGCACAUGAGAGGCUGCAAGAAGGAGGAGGUGAAGGUGGAGAAGUCGCCGCUCUUCAUGUGCUCCUUCUGCAAGAUGACCUUCAAGACGCGGCCGCAGAUCUCGCACCAUUUCCUCAAGUGUUUCCACAGCCCCUACCGCAAGAAGCCCCAGGCCGGAGUCAAGCGGAAGAGCGACGGCCAGCCAUCAUCCGUCGCAGCCAAGCGGGGACGAUCGGAAGACCCUGACAUCGACCCACUGCUAGAACAGGCCGUGCAGUUCAGGUGUCAGGACUGUGACCGCACAUUCAACAAGGAACGUCAGUACACCAGUCACAUCAAGCGUUGCACCAAAGUCUCCGUGCAUGACCUGACCGGCCCGCGCACCGAGGCCAAGGGCGAGGAUGAUGACGAUGACCCAGAGUCGCAAGAGGACCCCUUCGCCGACCCAGACCCCUUGCCCCCACCCCCCCGGAGAAGCAGGGGGCCGGGGCGUCGGGGCAGGCCUCCGGGGCGGGGGAAUAAUAAUGCCGCCAUGCCCCGCACCCCCACCAAGCCAUCCAACCAGCUCUUCGACGGGGAGUACCCGGUUGGCACGUCACGCGGCCUGAUGGUGGCGGACAACGAGGGUCUGGUCCGCAGCACGACUGGCCUGGCCCACACCGUACAGCUGACCCUGGAGACGGCCAGCCAGGAGGGCCAGCCACAGCCCUCGGCCCUGGUGGCUGACUCAAAGGGUGUGAGAGGUAGGGAGCGCCCCCCCCAGGCCUGGUCGCUGGUGUGUGCCCUGUGCCAAAAGAUGUUCAUCACCAAGGCGGCGCUGGCACACCACGUCAUGGCGGAGCACGGGGCCGACCUCAUACACUCACGCAGCAUCCUGGAGGGCAAGAUAAAGAACAGCCAGCCGCUCUCAAGGUGUCCAGUGUGCAGCCUCAACUACCAGUCAGAGGACCAGUUUGUGGAGCACAUGGUCCUGCAGCACACCGCCCGCCUUCAGGAGACCUUCACGCGCCUGCAGGGGGAGACCUCCACCUACGUGUGUUCGCUGUGCUCGCUGGUCCUGCUCACCAAGAACCUGCUGGUGGAACACAUGAGCCUGGUGCACCUGGAGGAGCUGGAGGCCCAGGCGCGCGGGGACACCCACGUCGAGAUAGCCUCCAAGGUGCCCGGCCGCCCCAAGGUGCAGCCAGCGCCCACCCUCCGGGACAGGAGUGCCACCACCGCUGCUGCCACCGAAGGGGAAGGCGCGAAAGAGGUGAAAAGGGAGCAGGAGGUGAAGAUGGAGCCGGGUGAAGAGUCCUCCCUGGAGUGUGGCUUCUGUGGGGAGGAGCUCGCCAACCAGGAGGAGAUGGUGGAGCACUACAUCGAGAGUCACGGGGUGGAGACGGAUGAGGACGGGUGCCUGCUGGACCUGGGAAUCGAUGUGGAUGUGCGGGUGAAAGACACCAAGGGGCUGCUGCAGCUGGCGGAUGGCCGGAUGAACGACACAGUGCCCGCCAAGACCGUGCUGCUGCGGAAGAAACCAAGGCAGAGCUGGCAGUGCAAGGAGUGCCAACAGGUGUUCUCGAAGCACUUUGACUUCCUGCGGCACACUCGGGAGGUCUGCACGGAGGUCAGCCAAAGCAACAAGCCCACCGUCUCGCGCGGGGGGAACUUCAAGUGCCAGGAGCCAGGGUGCAGCCACCUCUCCUUCUACCAGGUCAAGCUGCUGUUCAAACACAUGGAGGAGGUGCACAAGAUCGUGGUGCCGAGGGAGUUCAAGACCUUCCGCAGCCUCUCCCUCUUCUACAAGUGGCUGACGGGAGAGGAGCAGAAGUACAACGUCCGCUACAUCCGCGACACCACACGCAUCGAGAAGAACGACAUGAAGCUCAUCCAAAUGGUCUGCCACCGCUUCCACACGGCCAAGAUUGACCAGUCCAAGGAGAAGAAGGAGGGUGAGGGCGACGCUGACUCCCCCAGCAAGAAGCGUCGCUGGUUCGUCCGUAUCCAGCGGUCGAGCAACUGCCACGCGCGGAUCCACCUCAAGGUACAAUACAACCCCUUGACGCAGGACUACGACGGGGAGACGCACAUGGUCUACUACCCCCAGCACACCCACACGGACGGCGACCACCCGCAGGACCUCAUGAACCGCAUCAUGGAGCGGCACUCUCGUUCCAACUACCUCUCUCGUAACGGCAAUCGGAAACGCCUCCCGACACACCCGAGCCCAGGCCGCCGCACGCCAGCCAGUGCCGCAGGAGGGCCGGGCGAGGCAGAUGACAAUGAGGAGGAGGAGGAAGAAGACAUGGAAGAGGAGGAGAUACCACAGGAGGAGGGAGCCUUAGCCAUGGACCAGUACAUGAAGGAGUUUUGCCAGACACAGUUGGCCGGGGUGUCCGAGGUCGACGGUUCGGCCUUAGUUGUGUCAUCCUCCGCUGGCCCUGCUCACCGACAACCACCACAGCAGCCGCCACAGCAGGAGCAGGCACAACAGCAGGGGGAGGUGUUACUUGGGGAGGAGGCUGUGUUUGGGGAGGGGGGUGGACAGGCGGUGCUGGUGGAGGGCGGAGAACCAGGGACAUAUGUGGUGCAGGAGGCCGAGGAUGGGGAGGAGGUGGAGCAGCGUGGGGACGGGGCCACGGAGGAGUAUGUGCUGCCGGCGGAUGAGGACGAGUGGACCAAGCUGUUUGAGGUGCUGCGGCUGCGUCUCAUGACCUCGGAGUUGACAGCGCAAGAGAAGGGCGAUGGGGAGGGCCUUCUCUCGUACCAGAAUGUGAUCUCGUAUCUGCCCCUUGCCGAGCAGGUCACCAUCUUCCAGCAGCUGUGUGUCCUGACCAACACUGCGAUUGCCACUGCUGACUAGAGCACUUGCUGAUUACUGCUGACUCUCUCUCUCUUCCUCUGUCUCUUGUUCCUUUCUUUUUGUCAGUUUUCUUUUUCCUCCUCCUCAACUUAUUCGUUCUCCGUUUCUCUUCCUUUUUUUCUCCUCCUCCUCCUCCUCUUUAUCCUCUCUCUCUGUCCCUGUUUCUCCCUUUCUUCUGUUCCUUCCUUCUUGUUGAUCUUCUUAAUCCUCUUUCUCAUCUCAUUUGUUUUCCUUUUCCUUUUCUAAUGCAUUCUUUUUUCCUCCUCUUCCUCCUACUCCUAUUCCUUCUUCUUUGUUUUCCAUUUCUUUUCCUUCUCUUCUAACUUGUUCCCUUAUUUCUCCUUCCCCUCCUCCUCCUCUUCCUACUUUUCUUUCUCUGAUCUCUAUCGAAUCUUCUUAUAUCACACCACAUACCUCUCCCUUCUCUCCCUUUCUCCCUCUUCUUAUAUCACACCACAUACCUCUCCCUUCUCUCCCUUUCUCCCUCUUCUUAUAUCACACCACAUACCUCUCCCUUCUCUCCCUUUCUCCCUCUUCUUAUAUCACACCACAUACCUCUCCCUUCUCUCCCUUUCUCCCUCUCCCUUUCUCUUCAUAUCUCACCGUUAACAUUGAGAGCUUAACCCUUGACCCUCCGUUCCCUUCUCUUCCCCUCUUCUUCCCCCUUAAAGACACACUAACAACCCAGCUAUUUCCUCUGUGCACACUAUCAAGAAACAAUAUUAAUGAUGUUAAUACUAAUGGCGGUAAUAUAUUGCAAGGCCUCCUUUUUGAUUCACUGCACAAGACUCACUCACUUGUUCAUUCUCUUUGCUUGCUUGUUGCCUUGCUUUCCUUCCUUCCUUCCUUUUUCUUUCCUCUUUUCUCUACCUUUCUCCCUUUCAUUCUUUUCUUCGUCUUUCUUCCCUCUCUUCUUCCUUUUUUCUUCAUCAUUUAUCUUUCCCUUCUUAUCUUCCUCCUCCUCCUCUUCCAUCACUUCUCUAUCAUCCCUUCAGUUCAUAAUCGCUUUCCUUCUCUCCUCUUCCUCCUCCUCCUCCUCUUCUCUCUUCCUUCUUUGUCCCUCCCUCAUUCCUCUUUCCCUUCUUAUCUUCCUUCUCCUCUUUGCCACUUAUCACUUUCUUUGUCCUUUUUUUUCCCCCUCCUCCUCCUCCUCUGCCUCCAUUGUACACAGUAGGCCUAAGCUCAACAGAAAUGUCUCGCUGGUUUGAGAGAGAAAAAAAAAUGUAAAUAAAAGGAGGAUCAUAUUUUUUUACGCGCAUCCCAGCCGGAAGUGUUGACCUGGGCUUGGACUGUGAGAGCGAGGACGUAGGUAGUGUGACGACAGACCGAACAUGCCGUAUUAAUGCCCCGUAUUAUCCCCGUGUUUGUUACUGUUGUUACUGUUAUUACCGUUUUUAUUUUUAUUUUAUUUUUUCUUGGUGUUUUUCGUAGCAGUGUGUGUGUGUGUGUGUGUUUGUAUGCUCCUUUCCGCUCGGCAUUUGUUACAUCUACUACUAUUAUAAUUUUUUUGUUUGUGUGUUUGACAGCUUGUAUGUGACGCUCCAAUUGGCAUUCAGAUUGCAAGGAGAAGAAUGAAUCCUUGAAUUUUCACUGUUGCAUUUCCAGAGUUUAGGUUCAUGGCUUCUGCGAGUCACCAUUCACUUCUCACCCCUUGAAUUAGAUACCGUCAGAUUCAGCAAAGACAUUAGCAAGAAUUGGUUUACUAACAGAGUGGUGGGUGAGUAGAGCAGGCUUGUCAGUCAUCUAGUGAGUGCCGGUGUGAGACAAUAAAAAUGAAAGUACAUAAAUUCGUGGAUGUUGAUGUUAGGUUGGGUUAGGUUCACAGGAGCAGCCUUGUAUAGCCUUCCGGCCUCUUGCAGACUCCUUAAGUUCUUGUGUUCUUGUAUCUGUUAACUAAAAAAAUAUGUAAUCUGAAAAACAUACCUGGUAUUUUUUUCUUCAUUUUUUUCUUUUCCCUGAUACUAGUCUUAAUUUGGGAUGAUAGUACAAAUUGAUAUCCUUUCCACUUAUCCCCUUUUUUAUCCCUUUUAACUAUAUCUUAUCUGUCAACUGGAAAACAUACUUGGUAAUCAGUUCUUCUCUCAUUAUAAUUUUCUUCUCUUUUUUCUCUGGUACGAGUCUUAAAUCACGAUACCACACACAAAUCAUGUAAUCAAACACACACUCAAACACAUACACUUUUUUUUUUUUUUUUUUUUUUUUUUAUAUAGUUUUUGUUUUCGUGUUCACUCUGCCUCCCCGUUCCCUAUCCUCCUCCUCCUCCUCCUCCUCCUCCUCCUCCCCCCGCACGCUCGGUCUCGGUCUCGGUCUCGCCAUUGUGUACAUAGUCUUGUUGUUGAUGAUAAGUUGGUUUGUACGUACCUCUUAGUGAUCCCAGGAGUGGCUGCGGCGGUGGUGGGGCCGGGCAGCCACUCCAUCUACACACACAUACACUUAUUAUUCGAUUUAUUCUCUUGUUCAUUUCAUUUAUUUAUUUUUUAUUUAUUUAUUUAUUUUUUUAUUAUUUUACUUUUCAUCCAUGCCCAGCGGUUUAGUCAAGGUCGUUCGUCGUCGGUGAAAGACAAAACACGAAACCAUAGAUGUAAUUUUUUCAUGUCAGGAGAAAAAAAAAGGAGAUGAGUUCCAUGUGUUGAUUGACUGACUGAUUGUUCUUGCUUUUUUAUUAUUGUUGUUAUUAUUAUUAUUAUGUUUGGGCACCACACGGAGGAUAUUGAAUGCUACACACACACACACACACACACACACACACACACACACACACACAAGAUGAUUGCCACAUUGCACACACCAUCCAUUCCUUCCUUCCAACUCCCACACACUCGAGUUAAGAUAAAUACUCCCGUCAAAAUGCCCUGCCCGGCCCCCAGAAGACAGUGAAUAAUUAAUUGAUAUGUCCGAUUAUAUAAUAAAUCAAGCCAUAAUUAAAGUAGUAUCCAUAUAUGAGUUAUCUCCUUGAGCCAUCCCUUCAAAGAACUUAAAAUCUCCAUCAUUCAGUUUAUUUCAUUUAUUUUAUUUCUUUUUUUUUUUUUUUUGUUCUUAAACUUGCCUUCCAUAAAAUUGUUGAAAUCACCAUCGAUUCCUUAAUCUAAUCCACGAAAGAAGUUUAAAUCUCACAAACUGCUUCAAUUUAUUUAUUUAUUUAUUUAUUUAUUUUUUUUUUUUACCUACUUUUUUUACCUAGCAAGAAAAAAAUGUUGAAAUCACCAAUUUUUUCCAGCAGUUUUUUCUUAAUCUAGACUUUCAAAGAAUUAAAAUCGUUAACUCCAUGUCAUUUUUUUCCCCUUUAAAGUUGGCUUUCCAAAAAUUGUUAAAAUCACCAACUCAGUCCUUCAUUUUCUUCCCUAACUGUGAAUACUUCUUAAAAAUUUUCUUUCAAAAUCAUUAAAAUCACUAACUCCCAUGAAUUUUUUCCCCUAAGUGAGAGGACUCCUUCAACUAGGCGAGAAAAAAUCAUCAAAACCACCAACACCACCCAUCACUUCUUCCCUAAAUACAUGUACUAAUUCAAAUGCAAAAAUUAUUAAAAUCAACGAAUUAGAAUCACAAACUCGUCGGUCUUUUCCCUUAGACAUGCGUACUAAAUGGAACGGUGUGUGCAGAAUGGCGAACACCCCCCACUACACCCCCACCAACCCACCCCAUGUGUACAUAACAGACCCCAGACCCCAUCAUGCCCUCCCUUCGCCCGGCCACACACGUCCGGCUGUCUGUUGGUCCCGGGGGCGGCAACGUCAUGCAAACACUGUAAAUAUGUGUUCCCAGUGCCACUCUUCCUUUCUUAGCUUCUCUGAGUAUUGAGGCGGUCUGGGUAUGUUGACUGACCUGCACCGGCCAUUCCAAGCAGUUGGGGAUAAGAAACUACUGUUGGAACAUUGGUGUAAAGAUUAUCUACACCACUUUUGAUUUGUGUUGAGUAAUUGUCUAUUCCUUUGCAAUGGAGGAGUGAAAGGAAGGGAGAGUAAAGAUGAUAGUCAGGCCACCCGGCACAGAUAUCGUUAUCCUGCAACUCGGGCUUAGUAAUGGGUGGAGAGAGAAUGGGAAAUGUUCUUGUGUAGGGUGUUUCUGCUGAUUCCUCUGUACUGUAUCUGUUGAGGUUCGUAUCAGGAAAAGAUCGACCUGGGAUUUUUGAGACAAGGCAGAAAAAUGAACUGUACAUUUUUGAGACAAGGCAAAAAAAUGAACUGUACAUAUCUUUGGACUAGUGCCAUACUUGUUCAACUGUGGCAAGUGAAGUGAUUGAAAGUAAACACAACUAUAUCAUGUAAAUACACAAACUAUAUGAAAGGACAAAAAUCUGGUAAAUGUUGAAAAUAGCCGUAAAGUUAUCUUAUGAAAACCAAAAAAAAACACAGUGCAUAAGUGAUGGAGAUAAAGAAGAGAUACACAGCUGAUAACAAGUGACUACAGAAAGAAAUUGGUACAGUAAAACCUUGUAAAAGUUGAAAAAGUGUUACUUAAACCAGAUACAACACAGUACAAACGUAACUGAAGGAGGCGAACCAAUACCCAGAAAGCCUGUACAGUGUCUUUUUAUCUUCAUUUAUCAUAGUUUAAGUUAUCUAAUGUAAGCAGAAGCAACACCUAUAUUUUCCUGAUGUUAGUGAUAAUAUUUACCGUUCUCAGCGUGUUGAUUUUUUUUCCUCAUCUCAAAUUUUUCCUGAUGCAAAUAUAACUGGUUCACUGUCUCAUUUUGUCAGUUUAUUUGUCUAAUAAAUUUUUGGGAGGUAAUAUUGUAAAAAAAAGUUGCCUUUCUCUUAUUUUUGCUUUAUUUUUGGGCCUAAUUUUUUGGGGGGGAAGGCGUUAUUGAGCUAAAACUUCACUGUAAAGAAUGGCUGCCUUUCUCUUUUUCAUUUUUACUUUAUUUUUGGGCCUAAUCUCUAUUUUGGGAAGGCGUUAUUGAGCUAAAACUUCACUGUAAAGAAUGGCUGCCUUUCUCUUUUUCAUUUUUACUUUAUUUUUGGGCCUAAUCUCUAUUUUGGGAAGGUGUUAUUGAGCUAAAACUUCACAGUAAAGAAUGGCUGCCUUUCUCUUUUUCAUUUUUACUUUAUUUUUAGGGCUAAUCUUUAUUUUGGGAAGGUGUUAUUGAGCUAAAAGUGCACUGUAAGGAAUAAUAGCCUGUCCCUUUUUCAUAUUUAUUUUAUUUUUUGGUCUAAUCUCUAUUUUGGGAAGGCAUUAUUAAGCUAAAACUUCACUGUAAAAAAAUGUGGCCUUUCCCUUUUCAUUUUGUCAGUAUUUUCAUGCCUCGUCUCAGCUUUCGGGAGGAGUUAUUUCCCUGGUGCAAAUGCUGAUGGGAAGGUGCAUUGAAAUCAGCUGGAAUAACACCCACACACACACCUUCUCAACCUGGGCCAUCACACCCUUCACCCAUCGCCCAACCAGGAACAUCGCAGGGGCAGUCGUGACAGUCUUGAUUGAGUACCUGAAGCCAGUGCUCUUGUGUAUUUUAAGUCUUAUUAUUGUACUACUACUGCUACUAUGACUACUACUACUACCACUAUCACUACUACUACUACCACUACCAGUACGGCGGGCCCUGCGUUGGCCGCCCUCUGUUGUAUAGCUGUAAAGACUAAAAAAAAAGAUUAUGACGUUCUAUUUGCCUCUUCAGUACCUGCAAUGAAGUAUCGAUGCCAGAAGA